GGGUGGGCAUCAGCAGCAGCAGCAGCGGCACCACCUCUCCUCGUCCCGUUUGGACUCAGCGCGCGCGCGCGUCUCUCUCAUUUCACCUGCUCGGGAGCGCCGCCCGACCAGCCGUUCCCCGAUGUAUAACAUGAUGGAGACAGAACUGAAGCCCCCGGCUCCCCAGAGCAACACGGGGGGCACGGGCAACAGCAACGCGCCCGGCGGCAACCAGAAAAACAGCCCCGAGCGGGUCAAGAGACCCAUGAACGCCUUCAUGGUGUGGUCGCGGGGCCAGAGGAGGAAGAUGGCGCAGGAGAACCCCAAAAUGCACAACUCGGAGAUCAGCAAGCGACUGGGCGCCGAGUGGAAACUCCUGUCGGAGAGCGAGAAGCGACCUUUCAUCGACGAAGCCAAGCGCCUGCGGGCCCUGCACAUGAAGGAGCACCCCGACUACAAGUACCGGCCCCGGCGGAAGACCAAGACCCUGAUGAAGAAGGACAAGUACACCUUGCCCGGCGGGCUGCUGGCCCCGGGCGGCAACGGCAUGGGCGCGGGGGUCGGGCUGGGCGGCGGCCUGGGCGUCGGCGGCGGCGGCGCGGGCGGCGGCGGCGUGGUCAACCAGCGCAUGGACUCGUACGCCGCGCACAUGAACGGCUGGACCAACGGCGGCUACGGCAUGAUGCAGGAGCAGCUGGGCUACCAGCACCCGGGCCUGAACGCGCACAACGCGGCCCAGAUGCAGCCCAUGCACCGCUACGACAUGAGCGCGCUGCAGUACAACGGCAUGAGCGGCUCGCAGAGCUACAUGAACGGCUCGCCCACCUACUCCAUGUCCUACUCGCAGCAGAGCACCCCGGGCAUGACGGCCCUGGGCUCCAUGGGGCCCUCGUCGGUGGUCAAGUCCGAGUCGAGCAGCUCCAGCCCGCCCAUCGUCACCUCGUCCUCCCACCGCGCCGCCCCGGGCUGCCAAAGCGGCGACCUGAGGGACAUGAUCAGCAUGUACCUGCCCGGGGCGGAGGUCGGCGAGCAGACUGCCCAGACCAGACUACACAUGUCCGGCCACUACCAGAGCACCGUGCCCGGGACGACGAUCAACGGCACGCUGCCCCACACGCACAUGAAGCUCUAGAGGAAGGAAGGAUGGAAGGAUGCAGGAGCGAGAUGUCCUCUUCACGCCGCUGCUGGAUCAAGUUUGCAAGACGACAAAGUGGGAGUCGCAAUCAAAUGUUUUAUUAUUGCAAUCAUCUUUUGUACAGUAUUUAUCAAAGAAACCUUACAAUCAGAAGAAAUUGUUAAACUGCAAGAGGUUGCAUCGUUUCCCCCCUUUAUAUACAGUAUACAUAUAUAUAUAUCUAUAUAGAUCUAAAAAAAAAAAAAUUUGAGGAAAAAAAAAAGUUCCGUAGAAAAUAUUCGAAUAACGGCAGAAGGAAUCGGAGCCAUCAGCUCUGCUCCAAACAAACUUUGGAAAGAAAAGGGACAGAAGAGCAAACAGGUAACGCUGUUUUAUUCCUACGGCUCAACAUGACUAAUUCGUUUUGAUUUCGUUCAGAAAUAAAUGAGGGACCCCCCCCCCCACCUCCCCAACCCCCUCCGGCUCAUUCAGCUCUCCAAGUUAAUUUAUAUUCCCCGUCUCCCACUUUUCAUCCGUUUGAGCUCUGAUGCUUGUGCUCUUUUAUUUCCCGAAUUGAUUUGUACAAUUCCUGUAUAUUGACUGUGACAUUUUAUGUUUCUAUCUCCAAAUUCAUUCCUGUAGUUGAAUUUGGGAAAAAAAAAAUUGCGGCCUGUACGCAGAAGCCAACCACUCCAUGUAUAUACUGAAACUAAUACCAUCCUUAUAACAGCUACGAUUUCAACUGAGUAUAUUUUUUUUCCAUAUGCAGUUUGAAAAGAAUAAAUUUUUGGAAAUUUGGAUACUCGAAAUGUUUGGAGUUUUGAUUUUAUCGGACGCGUCUCGAUUCUGUGCGCGAGUCGUAGCAAAAUGGAAACGGCGUGAAUUUGGAGCUCGGUGCCUGCUGCAGGUGCUUCUUCGUCGUUUCAAAUUCAAAAAGUGUGGCUUUUGUACUUGAUUGGUGGUUAACCGCGUUUGUGUUUUCUAGUGACUGUGGAUGCCGCCCCCCGCCCACCCUCACCCCAUCUCGCAAAAAAAAAAAAAAAUUGUUGGCAAGAUUAAUCCAGCAAAUCGUUCAAGACCUUCAGACGCGGAAUUAAACCAUCUGUUGAACGAAGCCAAUUUCAGCAGAGGUGGCCGCCAUCUUGAGGAGAUGUGAGCCAGCAAAGGUGUUGCAUCAGACCAGCGGGCGAGCACGAGAGUCGGCGACAACGCUGACAUCACGCAGGCACGCGUUCGCACCGCCGGGGUGCGUUGUCGGGGUGUGGGAUGAUUCCUGGAGGAGAAGCACACUGAAUCGGGCUGAACUGAAAGAACUCACGUCAAAUGUCCUUAUGUAUGGAAUGAAAAUGCCGUCGGUGCACGGACGUCUUCAAUACUCAUCAGCUCCUACGUUGACUCGUCGACGAAAUCGUGUAUCUGUGCGAUGCCGGGAUGGUCGGAAAAGGUUCAGAAAGAGCAUCCUUGGACUCCAAAAUGCUCGACAGUGAACUUCAUGACCUGAAAUGUUGCUUCCAUAUUUUUUCGUGACAUUUUUUUCAAGAACAAGCUGAUUAAAUGUCUUCAAUGUA